UUGUGCUGCACACUCACUCUCACAGUCACCAGCAGCAGCAGCAGCCGUAGCGUUGUUGGUUGCAGCCGUGUCCUGAUCAGUGGAGAUGGGCUGAGGCUGAGAGAGGUCCGACCCAACAACAACAAUAACAACACCACCGAGACACACGGCCCGCUGACUGAAGCAGUUACAGUUAAGGGAAGAGACUCGGGAAGUCUUCCUGGUCCCACUUGCCCAACGCUCCCCUUCAACUCCCGGCCCCAGCAGGCCGGGGAAUGUCCAGUGUCGUGAUGCCUUAUGUGGACCGACUGAACCGCUUCUGUGGCUUCCUGGACAUCGAGGAGAAGGAGAGCAGUGGCAAGUUCCUGCGCCGUUACUUCAUACUGGACACGCAGCAGGGAAGCUUGGUGUGGUUCAUGGACAACCCGCAGAACCUGCCUAUCGGUGCAGACUGCGUUGGCUCCCUCAAGCUCACCUACAUCUCUAAGGUCAGCGAUGCCACCAAGCUGAGGCCUAAGGCAGAAUUCUGCUUCGUCAUCAAUGCUGGGAUGAGGAAGUUCUUCCUGCAGGCCAAUGACCAACAGGAUCUCGUGGACUGGGUCAACGCUCUCAAUAAUGCCACCAAGAUCACUGUGCCAAAGUUAUCUGACGGGCAGCAGAACGCAGAGAACCAGAAGACUUUACCAGAUGUCGUAGGGCCAAAAAAACAAGUCUCCUAUAGGACAGAGAUCAUCGGGGGAGUCCCCAUCGUCACCCAGACGCAGCAUGAAGGUGGUGAUGGCGCAGACAGAACGGAGCGCGAGGCCAUGCAUCGCUCCCACAGCCAGCUGCCGUACUUCCUGGGCAGGCCGUCUCAGGAGCACACGGUCAUCAAGUCGGGCUACUGCGUCAAGCAGGGAGCCGUGAUGAGGAACUGGAAACGGCGAUAUUUCUUACUGGAAGAAAACUCAAUGAGUUACUUCAAGUCAGAUUUGGAGAAAGAGCCUCUGAGAAUGAUCCCCCUGAAGGAAGUUCACAAAGUCCAGGAGUGCAAACAGAGUGACAUUAUGAUGAGAGAUAAUCUGUUUGAAGUCGUCACCACAUCAAGGACAUUUUACAUACAGGCGGACAGCCCAGAGGAGAUGCACAGCUGGAUUAAGGCUGUUUCAGGGGCCAUCGUGGCCCAGCGGGGGCCUGGGAGGUCUGCGGCCACAAUGCGGCAGGCCAGACGGCUGUCGAACCCCUGUAUACAGAGGUAUACGUCCCGAAUCGGGGAGUGCAGCAGCACUCUGCUGCAGCUGUGUACCUGUCUUAGAUGUGUGACAUCCUGCUUGUCUCUCCUCCUCCCUCCUGUUCGCUGCCUGAACACGGCAGCCGUUCCACUUUCUACCGCAGCACCGCGGGUCCCCCCGUCCCUCGCUCGCCCAUAUCUGCCAUGCCAUGCUACCCAGAGUGGGGGGCUGCUGUCACAUGCGGCACACGUUCGCAGCCUGGCGUGGGACAGCGAGCACUUCAUGAGCCUGCUGCCACGGCCCAGUCACAGCCACACGCCAGCACGCCUGUCCCUGCAGGAGACGCGCCUGGCAAAGUGACCUGCAACCCACCCGCGGCCACCGUCAAUAACUCCGAAGAGUCACCGUGGCGACGGCGGAGCAGCUUUGAGCCCCACAUGCCUGAACCGCCCCUGGACCUGGAUGAAGCUGACCUGCCAGUAAGCGAGGUCUGAGCCGCUGAACUUUGACGUUUUUAAAAAACGUCUUUAACCGGAUGGAGACUCCGUAGAGGAGGAGGAAAGAGUGCGCGACGGGAGUUUUCGAAAAAGGACAGGCGUUGGUUUUCAAACCGAAGCUGUUGGCGGACGACCGUGUACAACACCACAAACUUUUUGAGCUCCUCCGUCAGUGCCGUCAGUGUGCUAAAAGAAAACAAGCUGGGUCACCACUGAACUGCACUCGUGUGCCAAAGACGACCCGGUCUUCACCCACGCCCCUCCGCCUGCCUGCUGUCGCAUUUACAACCCUGUAUUUAUUUACUAACAGCUGACGUUGUCAAACAAAAACUACAACUUUUAGUUUACUUCCUGCCGUUCAGAACUCAGAGAGACAGCUUCAUUUUAACCUGUACAGGCACGACGACGCGUUGGAUGGUCUUUGCGGGCGUGGGAGGACGUUUGUAAACUACUUUGUGCCAAGAAAAUAAGGGAGUUUUCAAGUGCAAGCUAUUUCCUCUUGUCUGAAAAGAGGGUUCAAACUGAGGACUGACUUUUCAUCACCUCUCUAAUCUACUCAUUUAAACUGUGUGGUCCAUUCAUACACUCACACUAUUGUAACUCUGGAUUUGUCUGCUAUAGUUGGCCAGUGUUCUUCACUCUAAUGCAAAUGAUUAUAAUUCAUCCUGAACUGGUCUAGGACUAUAAAAAUAUUUGUGUACGACCCAGUGUGUAUAAUAAGACCAAAUGUAUUGCAGCUAUAAUUUUUACUUUUACUUAAACUCCUCUUUUAUUUUUUAAAUAUAUACGAGGGUUUAGUUGCUCACUCCUAUGAAGACAUCACUCACCGUUAUUGACCACAAACUAAAGCAGCUUCAAUCUACAGUGAAUAGUUUUUACAGAGCCAACCACAUCAGGCUAUCACCGCACACGCAUCACUUCACAACCUGAACCAUCUUCGCGGACUACGCCGCAAGACUUUGUGGAGCGAUGCUAGAUAACGCCAAGCGUUAUGACUGAACAGGAAAUACAAGGAGGGGAGUACGCUUAGAUUUUUUUAACACAUAGUAAUAAAAACUUCAACAAUAGAGCUGGGUCACUUAUAGAUCAGCUCCAUGUCCCGACAGACUGAUACGUUAACUAAAAUCUGUUUGUAGAUUAUACUGUACGAACGUUUUGGAUCAAGCUCAGACACUUCCGUUGCAUGUUAAAACAUUUUAAUGAUUCCUCAGAUUGCCUUUUGUGUUUUUUUUUUUUUUUAGUUUGUUUGUUUUUUUUAAAUCUACAGCCGCUGUGUGUGUGUGUGUGGUGUGUUUGCAGAAUAGAGCUGUGUGCAGCAGAUUUAUUUUUUAUAUGCUUUUUAGAUGUUUGCUGAUCGUAUACCUGUGUUGCCAACCUGGAAAGAGGCAGAUGCCUCAUGGUUUCAUUUUUUUAAAUUUUUUUUUUAAAAUCCCACUGUAGUCCGGCUUAAAAAAUACACACUAAUCUCUCUCUCUUUUUUUUUUUAAGUGCCUGCUUCAUUUCAGCCCAACAAAGUUGCAGCUUCUUCAUCCUGUUUCAGUCCGGUGUAAUUGGUUUGAAUUGACUAUUUAUUAUGUGGACGACUUGAAAGAAAUAAACACUGAAAAUGUG